CAAAUCUCAAUAUGAAUGGGUUCCCCGAAGCUCCCAUAGAAAUCUCGGAUGGUUCCUCCGGGAAUGACGAAGAUGUCACGGAUUCCGAGGAGUGUCUGGACGAGAUAAAGAAAGAUCUACUAGAAUGUCUCGAUAAAAUCCAAACCGCUGGCCGUGUCGCUGUAUCUAAGCAGCACGAUACGUUUAUCAACCCUGGUUUGAAGAUUGCUGAUACUCUUAUACCAUUGCCAUUGGCGCCUCGUGAUGCUGAGACGAUUAGAAGUGUAUCUAGAGAAGCUCCCUUUGGUAGAGGUGACGAGACGGUGGUUGAUACUUCGGUACGCAAGACGUGGGAACUUGACCACACUCAAUUCACAUUUGCGAAUCCUGCUUGGCAACCCUACGUCGCCUCCCUAUUGGACGAAGCUGCGCGAAGUUUGGCUAUGUCAGAGGUGAGGGCUGAGCCUUAUAAGCUGCUUCUAUAUGAAGAAGGCUCUUUCUUCAAACGUCAUAAAGACUCGGAAAAGGUCCCAGGAAUGAUCGGAACGAUGGUCAUUUGCCUCCCUUCGAAACAUGACGGCGGUAGUGUUCAUCUAUCUCAUGCUGGCAAGAGCUAUGUCUUUGAAACAGACAAGACUUCGGACUUCGGCCUAACGUGUCUCUCGUGGUUCUCUGAUGUUACGCACGAGAUCAAACCUUUGAAGUCCGGGUACCGCUUGGUGUUGACAUAUAACAUCAUCCAUACGGGUCGCAAGCGCAUAUCUGCUGGACUGGUCGGAAAGCAAUCAGAGCGUCUCCGUUCGGUACUGGUUAAGUGGGAAUCAAAACUACCGUCUACGGAGAAGCUAAUUUAUAUGCUUGACCACAAAUAUACCCAGUCGAGCCUGAAGCUGAGCAAUCUUAAAGGUCGGGAUAGCGCUGUAUGUCAAUGUCUGUACGAAGUUGGCCUAGGCUGCGGCUUCACCAUUUUUCUUGCCAAGAUGACCCGAACGCAAAGCGAUGAACGCUACGGGUAUGAUGACGAAGAGUCGACAGAACUGGAAGACGUGAGGACUUGUGAUGGAUUGACUGUUUGCAAUCGCGAAUCCUUGGAGGAUGAAGAUAUCCUAGGGUCCGGCCUAUGGAACCGAACCCCCGACAGUGUAGAAGAAGGUGAAUUUACUGGUAAUGAAAGUAUGCCGUCGACCCUCCGUUACCACGACACCGUAGUUGUUAUAGUGCCCAUGAGCCAACUGCCCUCAUUUAUUCCCAUACCCGGCGUGCGUACUGCAUUGAGCUUGGUCAGCCAUACUUUAAAACACCGGCCGGAUGAUCAUCGUCUUCAUGCCUCCAUGCUGACCAUUUUGGAGUGUGCAUUUCCCGAUAGUUUGGCCGAUGGCAUAUUGUUAUCCAGCGUGAUCGAUCUAGCUACCAAGUUGCGAAGGAAGACACUGUACCAGAUAGCUGUUCGUACUGCGCUAAGGGACUCGGCUCCUCGACAGUUAGUACUAGAAAAAAUAGUCCGGCUCAUGAAGGAUCGUCUCAAGGGCACUCAGAAACACCCGAACUGGGAUUAUUGGUUCGGCGAUGCGUUUUCUAAGACUAACGAGAUUUCUCUGGUAAUCCAAGCUGAUGUAUUGAAUCGUCUAGACGCUUUGAUACAAGACGACGAUCUAAAAGUUUCUUUUCAGAGCUGGAAGACAUCGAUGUCAGAAAAAAUGGUCGAACCAAAGCAAAAGCUGGGCAUGGAAGAUCAUGAUUACCUGGUUCGCCUGCUAUUUUCACAGUCUAAUGACUUGGCGUGGUUGACAAACUGGUUUGCGCCGACACUGUCAAAGAAGGGUUCCAACGAACUCAUUUAUACAAUAUUACGGGAGCUCUAUUACAAUCGCAGGCGCAAAACACUCGCGAGAGCUACUGAUGCAUACCGGUGCAUUCUGGAAAGCAGUACAGAAAAACUGGCUUUGCGCAACAGCAAUUUCCCAGCCCCUUACCCCUACCCUUCCAUACCUUUCAGCGAAAAUAACUUAAGUUUCGAGAAGAUCAUAGAGGUUAUAAGCCUAGGUCUGGACAUGGGACUAUCCAAAGAGGCCAUUAAGCUUCUCGAGAUAAGUUGUACUAAUAUCUGUCGAUCCAGCCUGAUACUAAAAGGAAAGAAAAUCCUCCCUCGCGGUAUAGUUCAGAACUUCUUAGAAGAUCUAUUAGCGGUCCUACAGAAACACAAGGUCCCUCCCCUUGAAUGCGUCAGGGACAUGUUUGUAGCUCUCUUCCGCGAUAUCUUGAUCGGAAGGUUGCCAAAGCGUCCCACAAAGCCCCGUGGUUGGAAACACAAGCCGAUAAACUGUUCCAUGAACUGCCGGGACUGCAGAGAGCUUAACUCCUUCCUUGUGAAUAGCGAAGAGAAAGAGCGCGAAUUUACCAUGGCUACGGAACAACGACAACACCUUGAAAGUCAGCUACCGAAGAAUCUUUUCCAUUGCCGCACUAAGACAGGCCGUGCGCCGUACGGAUUGGUCGUAACUAAGCUAGGAAGGGAGUUUGAGGAGGACAUGAAGGAUUACCAAGAUCGCCUUACGUUCCUCAAUAGGGAACUCAGACCGUUCAAGUGCGAGUAUAUGAAAUCUCUCUUAGGAGAAGAGCUAUACCAAGAGCUAGUCCUCCUGAAAGAUGCGUCGGGUGUGGACGGUGCUGGAACAACGGGGACUGCCGGGACGAAGAGGAAAGCGAAAGAGGAUCCUGAUGGCCCCAGUGCAUCGAGACCCAGACUUGUAGAGUAACCCAGGUAGUUCCGUAGCAAGUACUUUAGUAUAUGAAAGAGCACAAAGCCUGAACCGUAUGUAUAUGAGAUAGCGAGGCUUCGCCGUUAUACGCCAGGCCUAUAAUAAUCUGUAUUUUAAAUA